AUGGUGAAGUUUUAUUUGGAGGCGGACAGAGAAUGGGUCAUGCACGGGGGCCCUUGGAUGCUCUUCGAUCACUAUCUGAUUGUUAGACCAUGGUCCCCGGAGUUCGUAGCUUCAGCAACGAAGGUCGACAGUACUCUUGUUUGGAUCAGGUUCCCUGGUCUCGGGGUUAUGUUCUAUGAUGAGAGUGUUCUCCUAACAAUUGCUUCGGCCAUAGGGAAGCCAGUCAAGGUGGAUCUUAAUACUUUGAGCAUGACGAGGGGACGGUUUGCACGGGUCUGUGUCGAGAUAAAGUUAAAUGAACCAGUCGUGGGGAGGUUUUUUCUCAAUGGUGUUUGGUAUAACGUGGAGUACGAGGGAUUACAUUUGUUGUGCUCGUCGUGCGGCUGUUAUGGACAUGUCCUACGGAAUUGUCCGCAUGCAACCAGGCCUGAGCUAACAACACAAGGCGUCGGUGAGCAGGAGGUUACGAAGCAGCAGUCGGGGGAGCCACCGCAUAGUGCUGUUUCGGUUGCUUCAAUGGGCGAGAAAUCAGGCCCGCAGGUUAGGGGGGAUAUCGCGCCUGAUCCGCAUGGGGAUUGGUUGAUUGUGAAACGACGAAAUCGGAAACAUAAUAUUGGAAAGCUGUUUAGCAAGGGGCGAUCUGCAUCUCAUAAUGGGACUACGGAUUUUAAGGAGCGGGAUCGGGAUAUUCCAGAUAACCCCACGAAGGGUGGGCACCUUGAGACCGCAUCACGUGAGAGGUUUAAUAACCCACGUGCAGUGACGGUACCUCCACGAGAACAGGGCCAUGCAGCUGGUUCCUUACAUGAUGAUGGGGGCCACGCACCGAAUUGGAAUCCUCCAAUUAUGGGAUCCAAUAUUGAAAGAAAGAAGCGUAGUAGAGGGGCGGAGCUUCAUGAACACUCACGGCCCAUUCCAGCUAGCGCGAACAUGGACUCCGCAGUGGACAAGAAUAAGGCCCGAAGCACAUACACCCAUCCUUCUCUUGGUGACCCACAUGUGCACGAGGAAUUGACGGGGGACUUGCACCGGGGUACGAUUACAAGUGUGCCCCACCCAGGAUAUACGAGUAAGGAACGUCAUGAUGACGAGAAUAGCGGACCGGAGAUUCCAGGGACGGAGGAUUUUAUGCAAUAUGAGCAGCCAUUGAAAGAGGAGACCAUGAUGGCGUGA